AUGGCCCAGCCUGUACGCGCAAACGAAGACGAUGUCCAACUAUCCCGAAAUAUCGAGACUACCGCCGAACCCCCCGCGUCGAAUACCAUCCAAGGCUUUGGUUUCCUGAUAGGAUUUAUCGAGGACGAUGUAAAUCGUCUUGUGGUCAGUUGCGCAAGCGACAACUCGGUCCUGUUUACGGGUCACUCCCCGGCUGAGCUGUUUGAUUUGGGAGACUUGGAGAGCAUCUUUGGACCAGACGAUAUCGAUACCCUGAUGACCCGGCUAGGUUUUCUCAAGGAGGAGAGAGCUGAUGGGAUCACCACUGGGCGUGCUGUGUUCAGCCUUUCGGUUCUUACGAAGGAAGGCGAAACCGCACAAUUUUGGUGCUUCAUGCACCUGGACGGGAACUCUCCAGCACCCGGUAUGGUUGUUUGCGAGUUUGAGCCCCCGGACGACGCUUCUACCUCGACAACGGAACAUGGAAGUCACACAAGCGACGUUACGACAAAGACCUCCCGGAUGGCCCGAAGGAUUGGAAGCGAAGGCGGGGAGUUCAACACCAUGCAGGCAAUUGGAAUAAUGUCAAGGAUACAAACGUCCUUCGCCGCCAUGGCGAAUUUGACGGCCGUCCCCGCCACCAUUGUGGCCACGGUGAAAGAAGUUACUGAGUUCGACAGAGUUGUGUUGUACCGGGUUGACGAUCUCCUGGCCGUAACAAUACUUGACUCUUCUGACAGAGAAUCAGACAGAUCUCAUCGAUGCAUACACCUCACUAGAUCCCGUCGCACCGGUGACGACUCACACUCACAACCUUUUCCGAGCCAGCUCAGGCUUCUAUACGAUCGCACAGCGCAACCCUCGAGACUUGUGCACAAGACCGAAACUUCUCAAAAGCCUCACCUCGUCGACCUUGACCAAUCAUAUCUUAAUACGGCUUCCCCAACCUUCUUCGAGGAACUUAAAGCAGAGGACAAAAGUGCUCGCUCGUCCAUGGCCAUACCAAUCAAUGCGUGUGGGAAGCGAUGGGGUCUAGUUGUCUGUUACGCCUACCGACCUGAGGGAACGCGGAUUUCCAUCCCGAAGCGCCAGAUUUGCGAAUUCAUCGGCAGCACAUCCGGCUGCGCUAUCGAGAGGCUGUCAUACGCCUCAAUGCUGGCCGGCGCUGAACUACCACGAACAAGGCGCGAACCAAUUCAAUUGCCUGGCGAGAGCGAUGCCGCAUCACGAGAUCUACUGCGUCUCUUCGCCGCAGACUUUGCCUUAACGUCCGCCACCGGAGAGAUUGGUAGACUCGGUGAGCCGAGCGAGGAGUCUUACAGGGAGGCGUUGGCCAUUGUGCGGUCUAUUCAACCACAUAAAAGCCAAUCUGUCAUCGUUUCAUCCGACGUGACGGCCGAGCUGCCUGAUGUAGGGAUCCCCGGUGUGCGCACCAUAUCUGGGCUACUGUGGGCGCCGCUGCAGAUGUAUGGCGGUGACUUCGUUGUUCUCUUCCGACACAAGCAGACUUCAUCGCUCGCAUCAGGCGAGGGCGCACCUUCGACAUCGUCCACCGAGCCUCAAGCUGUCUCCGCAUCAGUCUCUGCCUGCGAGUGGUCUGACAAGCAUGUUCGAAUGGCUACAGCCCUCGGCUCGCUCGGUCGCCAAUUGCCGCGGUCGCCACAGCUCAAGGACGGGGUCUCCAUGGCCCUUCAGUCCGCGCUUGCGGUAGCUAAGCUGGAGCCUUAUGUGUACCGCGCUGUGGGCUCCAUAGUCGAGAGCCUCGAUAACACAUUAGGAAAUCUUGGGGAGCAACAUGUUGCAUAUGACGACGUUGAUCAAGCCUACUUUUCAUCUAGAGCACUUGCAUACUUGCUCAACGACAUUCGUAGCUAG